AUGACAAUGCCACAGACACCAGUCCGCAUCAUAGGGGCGGGAAUCGGAGGAUUGAUCCUCGGCCGUUGUCUGCUCAAAUAUGGAAUCCCUGCGGUUCUCUACGAGAAAAUGCCCUCGAAUCUCCUUCACGAUUACGGAAUCACGCUGCAUGCUCCGUCAUAUCUGCCUCUUCUGGACAUCCUAGGCAUGGAAGAAUGUUCCUUCAGGCGUUGCAUAGCGGUAGAUGGAUUGUUGGGCGGAAGCGGCAACAUCGAACCAGAAUCCUUUGUUACUCCUAGGAGAGUGAACUCGACAUCAUUUCGUGCUCAUCGUGGGAAGUUUGAAUACUUACUCCGCAAAGGGCUUGAUAUCCAGUGGGGAAACUCUCUCGAGAGAGUGGAAGAGGCACCUUCGGGGAUGAUUCUCCACAUGCAAAAUGGACAGAAACUGGAGAGCACAUGUAUCGUCGGAGCUGAUGGGCCUCACUCCAAUACCCGAAAGUCACUCUCCCCUAACACGUCGUUCAAUAUUCUUCCUUAUGUUGCCUUCAAUGGCAAGCGACGGGUGGAACGUGAGCUCUACGACAGCCUUUAUGCUCCAGCUUUUAAAGACUCCAACGUUAUAGAAAAGAAACAAGGCGACGUGGUCCUGAAUUUAUCUGUCAACGAGCAGCAAGCAGGUGCCGUGAGCAUUAGUUGGAUAUUCUCACGCCCAGCCAGAGGUUCCAUCGAUCCGCUUCACCGGCCCAAUAGGCCAGUAUCCGAUGCAACGGAUAUACCAAAAGAAUUCUUCGACGAGAUAGAAAGACUCCAUGGAUUGGAUCAGCCUUUCAAGGAUGUGUUUGACUCGGAGAAGCUGAAAACGGAACGGGUUUUGCAUUGGCUCAUGCGGACAGUCUUGGUCAGCCCCCAGGAACUUGGUGCGCUUGCAAACAAGGGCGUCUUCUUUAUGGGUGAUUCGGUGCAUGCAGAGUCUAUUCUAGGCGGCGAGGGAGCAAACAAUGCUAUUAUAGAUGGAAUGGAGCUUGCAAAGUGCAUCUCAACAUUUGGGCAAGGCGGUAUUGUAACAUGGUACGAAUCUCGAUAUCCCGCAUGGAAAGAUGGUAUCAGCCAGAGUGAGGAAGCUAUUGCUCUCAUGCACAGAGAGUAG